UUUUUUCUCUCCCCACCGCUCUCUCUCUUUGUUUUCUCUAUCCACAUUCGUUAUCUAGUGAGAGUGGGACUUCUGGUGUUGCUCAACGCACACAACAAUGGCGUCAGUUUCAGUCAUGGCUACGAGCAGCGAUAGCAGGUGGUCCAUGUCUUCCUUGCGCUCUGCUUUACCCUCUCCUUCUACUCCUCCCUCUUCACUUUCCUCUUCAGUGCGCUUCUCUGUCGCCGCAUCUUCUUUGUCUUCUUCAAUGAAACUCCGAAUUUCUCGAACCAAACCCAAAUCCCUUCUCACCACUUUCACCGGUCUAACCCCUCUUAACCCCCUCUUCUUCUCCGCUCCUUCUUCUGCUUCAGAAUACACCGGCUUUGAUCACUCCUUCACCAUUAUUGACAAUGGUGGUCGAGUAUUUGCCAUGAGACAUGGGAGGCGGGUACCCAAACUCAACAGGCCACCUGAUCAGCGCCGUGCGCUUAUUCGAGGCCUUACAACUCAGCUCCUCAAAUAUGGUCGUAUCAAGACCACCAGAGCAAGGGCCAGCGCAAUUAGGAAGUAUGUUGAUAAAAUGAUAACUUUAGCAAAGGAUGGAUCCCUUCAUAAAAGGAGACAAGCCCUUGGGUUCAUCUAUGAGAAGCAGAUUGUACAUGCUUUAUUUGCAGAGGUGCCAGAGCGUUAUGGUGAAAGAAAUGGGGGUUACACGAGAAUUAUAAGAACCCUACCAAGACGAGGUGAUAAUGCACCUAUGGCAUACAUUGAACUUGUGUAACCAUCACCUAUGUUUGGGUGCUAUUAUCAGCAAUCUCACUGCAAUGUUGAGCUUGGCUAUGUAUCCAUCGGCAACAAUGAUUCUACAUUUUGUGUAUUAUGCAUUUUUUAUUAGUUUUAGUCUGUGUAUCGUUUUGUGUAUUUAAUGACAAACAACAGCCACUGUGAUCUGAAGUGAUCAUCUGCAGAAGUUCAUAGAUUCACUUAUCUGUUAAGAUUACGGAUGUUUUAAGUGUGUUUGUAUUUUUUAUAUGCUUUUUUGACUACUCUGUUUACGGGUCUUGCUGUAAUAAUUCUAGACACACAGCAUUUCUGA